AUGCCUUAUAAAGAUAGAGAGAAGCAACGAGAAGCGGUAAGAAAAAGCGUUCAGAAGUUAAGAGAGAAACAAAAAGGUAUUACGCAAACUGGUAAUACCUUAAAGUCCGGAAUGAUAACUCAAUUAACUCCGUCUGAGGUUAAAGAAAAUUUUUCCGAGUUAGAAAAGAGGCUAGAAAUUCUGACCUCAGAAAUUAAAAACUUGCGGGAAGAAAAUUUGUUCUUUCAUUACGAAAUUAGCGAGUUUUUAAAAACUCUUCCUAAAAUUAGUUUUUCGCCCAAUAGAGCGAAAACAAAGAGCGAAAUUAAAAAUUUAUCACCAGAAAAAGAAAAAUUAAAAGAAGUUUUUAUUCUCAACUCC